AACUAUCGGCUAAAAGGAUACUUACUUUCAAGGAUAAAUGCCGAGAAUGUGAAAGGAGGAACCAUGACUAAAACCGAACUAAUCUUAAAACAAACCUGUCCGCAUUGGAAAAAAACCUUGCAUGAGUAUUACCAACAACAAAUCAUUCUCCAUUUAGCCAGUGAGGAAGCCCAAAAGGAAGGAG